AUGGCGGCCUCGUACUCAGAGUCCGAAGCUGUCUUCAGCGACAAGGUCAGGACCUCGGGCCUGUCGGCUGCUGACCAGACUAAUGUGUUGGCUGGACUGAAGAAUCUGAAACAGCUGGCAUUUGUCAGCUCCUUCACUCCGGGACAAGCCGAUGAGAAGCCUUUGAUUGCGGCUUUGGAUGCUCUAGUCAAAAGGGACACCAGUGCUGACUUAGCUGCUCAGGCGUGCUUCAGAGCUCUUUUCCAGCAGGCUUACGCCAUAGUCACCACCGAGUUUAGACAGGCCAUUGAGCGCACUGAAGACGCUCCCAGUCGGUCUCUCAGCGCGCCUGAGCGUGAGGAGCGCUACACGCGACAGGUGAAGAAGUUAACCGGGAUCAACAUAAAAGACGAGACUGAACCAAGUCAGGCCUUGGUUGAUCUCUGCGUGAAUAUUUAUGAGUCGAACACUUUGCGCUACGUGGCCUGGGAGAAGUUCAAGGCGAUGCCAAAAAAGGACACUCGAUUCACGCUCGAUGCUCAGGGCAAGACCUUGAAGCUUGAGUCGAAGGCCCCAGAUGACAAGUGUCAGGUCGACUCCGAGGUGCAUCUUCUUCAGGCUUUACAGCGCAGAGCCCUUGCCCUGGACCAAGCCAAUGUUGUUGAUUAUGCUGUCAUCGAUGUCUGGCAUCAGAAGUUGCUUAGGGCGCGGAUGCAGGAGGUGCCAGCAGGUCAUGUCCGGCCCAGCUUCAAGCAGCUCUUGCGGGCCGAUCAGAAGCUUUUCUCGGAGUUGCAGGACCGCUGUCGCGCAGGAAUCCAGGCCACAUCAGCCGGCCGCCCCUUGGAUGGCCUGAUUCCUUUGGUGAUGGAUCUGAGUGAUGUGGCAGUCCUGUUGCAAUCCCUGCCUGGAAAUGCCUCCUCCUCUUCUGAUGUGCCUCCGGGUCCGUGGGUCUCUCGCGAGAGGCCGAGCCCAUACACUCGAGAGGGAAAAGGCCGAGGCAAAGCGGGUAAAGGACGGGCCAAGGGGAAGGGCGUGCUGCCUAAGCCCCUUGUGGGCUGCUAUAGUUCGACAAAUGCUGGCGAACCCAUAUGCUUCGAUCACAACAUCAAUGGAUGCAGCCGGGCUGUCAAAAGCGGCAGAUGUGGCUGGGAAUGUCCCCAGCUUGACUCAUUGGAGUCUCAAUCCCUGAGUUCAGCUAAUGAGCUGGACCAUGCAAUGCCUUGCCCUGUGGGGCCUGCUGCAACAUUGGUUGCUGCUUGUGCUUCACUCAAUGAGAGAAUGCAUGAUGCCUGUUCGCCCGUGGGCGGUGAACCUUCUGUUGGAGCGCGUGAUUGUGCCACCGCGGAUCCUCCUAAAAGGAAGUCCGAUGACAGCGACCGUGAGUCGCCGGGCAAGGCGCCUCGACUUGGAGGCCCUGAAGCCCUUGCCUCUGAUUUGCACCGCAAACUCUUGUUCGAUGCAGCUAGUGUGCUUUCUCUCUUCGACCUUCUGCCAAAGGCUGAUAUCACACGACUUUCUCAAGCCAAAGGCUCAGUCUUCGCGGUGGGGUCGUAUUCUCACGGUCCUAUCAAAGGUUUGCGGCAUUUCACCCGAAUUUAUCCCAAUGUUUGCCGAUACUUGUGUGCUUGCGUCCUGCAUGUCCUUCCGACGCACAAAUUUUCAAGUCUGUUGAUCUCUGACUCGGUUGAAAGUCAACCUCACGCUGAUCCCAACAACGGCCCGACUUUGAAUCUCUUGAUACCUCUGACGCACUUUUCAGGUGGCUCACUGCGAGCCGGUGAUUGCGACCUCGACUUCAGUCGGGGUGCCUGGGCUUUCAAUGCUCGCGACGGCUGCCACGCCGUGGCGCCUUUUCAGGGUCGUCGGGUUAUGCUCAUAGCUUUCAGCACCAAGGGCGUUUGCGAUUCCGAUUCUGAGGUGUUGUCUCAGCUCCAGUCCUGUGGUUUCGCCCUUCCCAGCGCUGAUGCUGUGAUGCCCGCGUCUCCAGUGGGCCCUCUACCUGACAUCAGGAGCUCUGUCACUCAUGAGCCCCUGAAAGUGCUGAAGCCUUCCCGGCUUGUUGUCCUCGACCUCUUCUGCGGACGAGGUGUUGCAGCUCAGGCCCGAACGACAAUCCACUUGGCAAUAUUUGCGAUUGGUCUCACCGUUUGCGGCCAGCCGAUAACUCGGCUUGGCAACGAUCGCCGUUCAGUGACUCUUUGCCUUCGUGCGUUGGGCCUGGAUGCUCACUCGGCCUUUGUUCUCGGCAAGGUGUAUGCGGAGCACCUUGCCGAAAGUCUGCGCUUGCAGGCGGCUGGUGAGGACUUACUUCCGAUUAUGCCCGAGUUCAAGUACAUGGUCAACGUGCACGUCGCUGAUUGCUCCCAGCUGCAGCUGGAUGACAAAAAUACCCCUGCCACCGCCACGUUUGGCGUGUUUCGGACUCCUGACGAGUUCGUUGCUGCCAGCUUGCGCCUCGAGCAUCCGUUCGACGCUUUUGCACACGUGCCUGAUGGUCUCAUCAGGAAUUUGGGGCGGCUGCUUAUCGACGGUCCCUUGCCCGUCGUGCGACGCCGGCUUGACCUACUUACCAAGUGGUCUGCGUGGGCCGAUGAACUGGCCGAGCCUGAGAGAGCUCUUCAUGCUUCGCUUGAUCCCAGAGUUGGUGCGGUCCUUUCUGGCAAAAGGUUCGCGAUUUUCCAACGAGGGAAGCUGAGGUGCAUUGACGAUUUGUCCGAGAACAGUGUCAACUCGUCCUGGGAAGUGGCAGAAAAGAUUGACCUGCGUGCGAUGGACGAACUCCUUUGGAUAACAUCGAGGCUCAUGCAAUCCAUCGUUGAUCGAGGAUUUGUCAACCUUCGUCUUUCUUCUGGUGAAGUGAUCAGCGGCCCGUUGCAUACCGUGUGGCGCACGCGGCCUGAGUCCGCGCGCCCAGUCUUGAAGUGCGUGGAUUUGAAGUCUGCUUACAAACAGUAUGCUAUAAGGCCAUGUGACAGCAAGAGGUGUGUGGUCAGCCUCCGGCGGCCCUCCGACGGGCAAGCCGUCGGUUUCAUUUCACAUACCCUACCCUUCGGCUCGCUCGCGAGCGUAGGGCAGUUCAAUCGCGUUGCCCGCUUGAUUCACCGCAUCCUUAUUGAGCUGGAGUGCCUGGCCUGUAACUAUUAUGACGACUUCCCAGUUCUCGAUGUGAGUAUGCUUUCGGCCAACACCGAGAAGACGAUCCGCAAGCUCAUGCGCCUCCUGGGCGUGAUCUGCUCAGAGGACAAGGAGUUGCCUUUUUCUUCGGUGGCCGAUCUCUUGGGGGUCCGAUACUUCGGGGUCACGCUGAGUGACUCCCUGGUCGACCUAUGGGCCGAGAGCGGCAAGAAGACCUGGACAAAGGACCCCGCCCGCGAUUCUCUCUCCGUACGGCAGUGGACAUUAGAUGCGAUGUGGACCGGAGUGUAUCCUUCAAAGGACUGGAGGGGCAUCAAAUACCGUGCAGGCAGCAGGGAACAGGAAAAAGCCGGAAAGACACUGGCCAACGGCUGGAAGGCCGUGGUUUGUGCAUGGAGUGGGGACAUGGAUUUUUACAGGCUAUUCCUUGGCCUGCCCAGUCAUACUGCGAAUUACCCCUGUGCACUGUGCAGGCUGGACUGA